UCAAUUUUCAUACAUCUCAAAUGCCUCAUUCAGAGAAUCUCUGAAUUAAAACAAUCUCUGAGGACAGAGAAAUAAUGCAGAUUCAUUCUACAAGAAAUGAAUUUCACUGAAAGCUAACAACUCCAUCUGCUGAAAAUUACUUAAAGUAAAAAUAACCUUGAAUAUUGUUAAGGAACUCAAACAUAUUGAUGAAUAUGUGGAUGUGUGUUUCUGACCCAAUUACACUGCGGAAAUUAUUGGGAAACAAACUUCACAAGCUUGGAAUCACUAUUCUUUUCAGAACUAUGCUUUGCAUCAAAAUCUCCCAGGAUGCAGACUUUCUUCACCGUGCCCAAUAUCUCAAAUGAAACCAUUAAUUUUUUUGAGAGAAUUCCAGAGGUUCUUGUGAAAGAAAAUAAGUCAGUAGUCUUGUCACCAGAUGUAAUCUAUAAUUCAGAAGGAACUCCUAUACCUCAAGAUGAUGCAGCUUGUUAUCUAAGGCAGUUAGCAUAACCAAAGGAGAAGCUAGAUAAACCCAGGAGAAAGAAAAUACUGUUAAAUCCUGAUGCUUUGGGGAUCCAAACGUUCGUUGCAAGUUAUGAAUGAGGCACAAAACGUGUUGCUUAAGAUUGUUUUAUUUAAGUGUUAGAACAAAGAUGAAGGGAGAAGGAGCAUGAGCAAUGAGACUGAACAAAGAGAGACAGUGGGUAAGAACAAGAGAGCCCAAGGAAGAAAAAAAGUUUUCCUAUACCAGACCACUGAUUCUAAUUAAAUAUGCAGAUUCAAGUAAUGUGACACCUGCCACUGAAACCAAUAAGUUUCCAGAAAAAUACAAUGGAAACUGUAACUCACUGAACAAUUGCAUGUAUACAGGUGAUUAUAUAAAAAACACAAACAUGCAUAGGAAUGUUAAACUACAAGGAAAAAUAACAAUUCUACAGCUCAAUCCAACAAUGCUGAAGGUAAGAUGAAGGAUGGCUAAAUUGGUCUCUAAUCUCUGGAACUAACCUAUUGUUUGUGCUGUCAGUGGCAAAUGUUACGUAUCCCGUAACUGGAUCACUUACCAGCAAAGAUAGAGAGGUCCGUUGAAGUCUGAUGGCACUAUUUUGAAACGUUUUUAUUUAUAAAGGGGCACAAAAGUAAGGUUAAUACAAACAUUCAGAUAAUGCACAUCGUCAAUACUCAAUCUAAAGCGCGGGUAUAGUAAUGUUCAUCAUUAAGCAAUGAGCUCUACUGGUGUCUAGGGGUUAAUAUAUGGUCCGUUGGAAAUAUAAAAGUCACUCAGAAGUCUUCAGCUUUUUGGGAAUCGCUGGGUUUCACAUGUUGCGACAGAGAGAGAGAGAUUGGUGAGAAAAGGAAGACUUGCCCGGGUCUUUAUGAAGCACUCCGUUGAAUCAGGGGAGCGUUGGUUCCCCGUUGUUAGUUCGAAGUCCUUUUCGGUGUUAUCAGCCACCUGCUCUCCAGGCAAAGGAGAAACAGAACACAAGUGGCUUUCUUCAAAAUGGCUUCCCGCUACAACGGGAUCGCUGUCGUGUCUUCUUGGUGGUCUGAAGGGGUUGUCCCCCCCCAGAACCUCCUUUAUACUUCCUCACGGGGUCGCAGGUGUCAAUCAGGUUGGGAUGAUGCAAUCUCUCUCUCUCAACCAGCCCACUUUGCCCGAGGGCUUUACACGUGGUCUCCAUGAGACAAUAGUCAAUGUUGCCUUAUUUUGCAUCCCGGUGGAACGCGGUAUUUGGCACGUCCCUCUCUCUCUCCCACUUCCUGUGUCUAUUCAGCACGUCUCUCUCUCUCCCACUUCCUGGGUCUACUGACCCCCCCCCCCCCCCAACUAGUGCUCUUGCGAUUCUCACAAAGGAGGGGGCUGGGAUCAUAACACAAAUAAAUCUACAUUGAAGUAAUUUCCAAUCUUGAAACCAAAUCCUAGCUUCAGAAAUCAUUCUGCUACUCAAUACGAGCAAGGUAAUGAAUCUCAAAACAUGAGGAAUGCCGAAAAAAUAUACAGCUGUAAGUUUCAAAAUGCUUAGCAUAACCAUUUCACCAUUUGUCUCCCCUUUCCCAAUCGCUCAACUCUCACCCCCUUUUUUUAAAAAAGGGGCCUGUGCUGUCUUUACGACAGUUAUUUAGUUUAUAAUAUUUUCGCUUAGUAAUUCAUUCAAUAGUAUUUUCUAGUUAGAAUUAGAAGUGUUUAAAGUGUAUUCAUUGCAUGUAAAAUAUAUCGGCAUGCGAUGACGUCACAUCCGGUUUCGCCGCGUCUUGUGGGAAAACACCGGUUUGAAAUUAGCGCGAGGGUGGGGGCUUUCCACGAGGCUCACCUGAGCACAAGCAGUUUUGCAGGCAUGAGAAAUCACAGUGAGAGCAACGCUUUUUCACCAUAUGUUAAUGUGAAGAGUGAACAGUAAAUGGUUAAUCUUACUGCGAUCUGGUUUGCAUUGGCUGUGGUUUAUCCGGACGUUAAAUUCGGCGUUUCGUUACACCCGAAGGAGAACGUGACAGUGAAAAAGCGGCAUUAUCAGGUGUUUCAAGUGCUGCAAUGUCAGCUCAAUCCAGCAUCAAGUCGACGCCGCCCAGCGACAAGGGCGGUAAACCGACAUCAAGUAAGCCCACCCGGGCGUUAUCAGGUGUUCCAAGUGCUGCAAUGUCAGCUCGAUCCGGGAUCAAGUCGAUGGCGCCCAGCGACAAGGGCAGUAGAACGACAUCAAGUAAGUCCACACAGGCAAGAGCCAAGGCAGAAGCCGCCAAGGUGCGACUGCAUUACGCCAAACAAGAAGCAGUUUUGAAAAUGAAACUGGCCACCAAAGAAGCCGAAAAGGCCGCCAGAGAAGCCGAAACCCAGUUGGAAAUGGCAAAAAUAUCGACAGAGUUGCAAGUGCUGCAGCUGGAAGGAGAAGGAGAAGCUGCCAUGGUGGAAGCAGAGUACAUAGAAGAAGCUGAAGGGUCGCGUGAUCUGACCGAAACAAGUUCUGCUUUAGAAAGGACCAGACUGGAACGCACGAGCGACUAUGUACAAUAUCAAGCAGACAGGCAGGCUCGUCUCCCCUCUCCAUACCUAUUCGAUAACUUCCCCAGCUACGAGGAAGAGAAUUUACCCUCGCGGCCCCGCGAUGAAGUCAAGAAUGAAAGAGCUGACAACCGAUAUACUUUGACACCAAAGUUACAAAGUUCGAUGCGAAGAGACGCGGAGGUUGAAUCCAGGAUGGCAAAUUCCAUGAGAAACGUGCGUUCUCAGUCAUAUAGGCGCCAACGUACUUCUCCAGCCCGCAUGCCGCUUGCCGCAGAUCCCACGCUGCAGUAUUUAGCACGACGGGAUCUCGUCACUUCGGGACUGUACCAGUUUGACGAUAAACCCGAAAAUUACCGCGCUUGGCUCUCCACAUUCACCAACGUGAUUGACGGGGUCCAGCUCAGUGCAACCCAAAGGUUGGACCUUAUGGCGAAAUGGCUGGGGAAAGAAUCACGCGACCAGGUGAGACGCAUGCGUUCAGUGUACAUCAACAAACCUGAGCUAGCCUUAAGCGAAGCGUGGGAGAGACUUUGGGAGAGAUAUGGGGCCCCCGACAUUAUUGAAGGGGCGCUAUAUCGACGUCUGGAAAACUUUCCUAAGGUGUCAGCCAAAGAUCACUUUAAGUUAAGAGAAUUCGGAGAUUUACUCAUGGAGAUCCAAGGCGCCAAAGAAGAUGGCUAUUCAGCUGGUCUAGUAUUCCUAGAUACUCCAUCCGGGAUUAGACCAAUUGUGGACAAACUUCCAUUUGGGCUGCAGGACAAGUGGCUGACUGUUGCCUCAGAGUACAAGGAAGACCACGAUGGUCGAUUUCCUCCCUUUAAGCACCUCACUAGGUUUGUGUGCAAGGAGGCGAAGAGGCGAAACGACCCUAGCCUUGUAGGUCCAGGAAGCAGUUCGAUUUACACCAAGCCAGGCAGAUCCGUUUCGAAUGUUUUCAACAUUGAUAAACCCGUGUCAGUGCUCAAGACCGAAGCCCUUACGACUAACAACGACCCUGGCAAGUAUUGUCCAUUGCAUAACAAACCUCACCCCCUGAAAGCAUGCAGAAUGUUUAGGGAAAAACCCCUUGAAGAGAGGACGGCUCUUCUCAAGGAGAAAAGAAUAUGUUUUAGAUGCUGUUCCUCAACCUCUCACCUCGCCAGAGAGUGUACGAUCGCCGUGAAGUGUCCGGAAUGUGGCAGCCCAGAUCACGUCGAGGCCAUGCAUCCCGACCUGUCACCACAAACCGAGAGCGCUCCUUCACCCCCACAACAGGACGGCGGGGAGGGAGAGGCUCACUCUAGGUCAAUAGCUGUCAGCACGAACUGUACAGAAGUUUGCGGUCAAGCUCAGUCAAGUCGUUCUUGUUCCAAGAUCUGCCUCACUAAGGUGUACCCUAAAGGAGCCAAAGACAAGGCCAUCAAAGCCUAUGUGAUUCUGGACGAUCAGAGCAAUCGUUCACUAGUCAGUCCAGAGUUCUUUAAAUUGUUCAACAUUGAGAGUGAGCGGUUCCCAUACUACCUCAAAACUUGCUCAGGCAACAUGGAAACCCAAGGAAGGAAGGCAGAAGGCAUCCAGAUCGAGUCCCUGGAUGGUAAAGUCGUCAUCUGUCUCCCUCCGCUCUUAGAGUGCAAUGAAAUCAUGAAUAACCGCGCUGGGAUCCCGACACCAAGUGCGGUGCUACACCAGCCGCAUCUCCACCACAUCGCCAAACACAUCCCAGAACUGGAUCCGAAAGCGGAAAUACUCCUGCUAUUAGGAAGAGAUGUUAUCCAGGUACACAAGGUUAGGCAGCAGAUCAAUGGACCACUCAACGCCCCCUUCGCGCAACGUCUGGAUCUGGGCUGGGUGGUGAUAGGAGAGGUGUGUCUCGGUGACGUACACAAACCGAUGGUUAACACACUCAAGACCAAUGUGCUAGAGAGUGGCCGCCAUUCAAUCUUUCAACCCUGCCCGAGUGUCCCGUGCAUCAAGGAAGCACAACAAGGCGUUAACAAGCGCGAGGCAAGCGACGAGUCGCUGGGCCAGUCAGUCUUCGCUCUAACGAAGUAUGACAACAAACUUGCACAAUCAGCUCAAGAUACCAUUUCUUUAAAAACCAAAGACACCAAGGUCUUCAGAGAUGAAGCAAAUAAUGGGGUUGCCCCAUUGCCAAUCAGAGAACCACGCCAGCGCUCACCAGAUAACAAAGAGCAGGCAGUCAAACGGUUCACGUCCUUACGGAAAACCCGGAAAAGGAAACCCGAGAUGCAGCAACGCACCCGAUUGGCCCACGAGGUACUGUGCACCCUAAUGGCAGAGGUCACAGCCAUUAUAAACGCACAAUCAUUCCUACCUGUGUCUUCUGACCCAGAAAACCCCUUUAUACUUUCGCCAUCAACGCUCCUUACGCAGAAGGCAGGAGCACCUCCUCCACCAGGAGACUUCUCAGACAAGGAUUUGUACACAAAGCAAUGGAGACAAGUCCAGGCUCUGGCAAAUCAGUUUUGGUCCCGCUGGAGACAGAAAUAUCUACACUCGUUGCAACAGAGACAAAAGUGGACAGAACCCCGAAGGAAUCUUCAAGUCGGAGACCUAGUCCUGCUCAGGGACAAGCAGAUCACCCGCAACAGCUGGCCAAUGGCCAGAAUCACUGCUACAUUCCCUAGCGAGGAUGGACAUGUCAGGAAGAUCGAAUUGAAGACUACCGACCAAGGCGAUGUGAAAAUUUACCAAAGGCCAGUUACAGAAGUUAUUCUACUUCUACCCAAUGACUGAUUAAGAGACUAAGUUUUGUACUCUGCUCAUUGUGACCUUACGAAGGUCAAGCGGGGAGUGUGCUGUCUUUACGACAGUUAUUUAGUUUAUAAUAUUUUCGCUUAGUAAUUCAUUCAAUAGUAUUUUCUAGUUAGAAUUAGAAGUGUUUAAAGUGUAUUCAUUGCAUGUAAAAUAUAUCGGCAUGCGAUGACGUCACAUCCGGUUUCGCCGCGUCUUGUGGGAAAACACCGGUUUGAAAUUAGCGCGAGGGUGGGGGCUUUCCACGAGGCUCACCUGAGCACAAGCAGUUUUGCAGGCAUGAGAAAUCACAGUGAGAGCAACGCUGUAAGUUAAUAGAUAAUCGAUAUAUUGAACUAAGAUGUUAAUGCUGAUCCUGUUAGAGGUAACGACGGUAGAUAAUGUUUAUGCUUUCGUUAGUUAAAGAGUCGCGGAUAGUUUGCAUGGAAGUGUAUUUAAAGUAGUCAAUGGAGCAGGUAAACUCUCCCUGUAUACUGCACCUUAGUGUAAUGUAGUUAUAGUCACCUUUGCAAGUAUUUGCACUUGAAAUGUGAUAUUAAGGAAGGAACAAAUACUGUAUCAAUCUUGUAUUGUUUUAUCAACAGUUUUCACCAUAUGUUAAUGUGAAGAGUGAACAGUAAAUGGUUAAUCUUACUGCGAUCUGGUUUGCAUUGGCUGUGGUUUAUCCGGACGUUAAAUUCGGCGUUUCGUUACACCCGAAGGAGAACGUUACAGGGCCAAUAUUGAUACGUUUAAAUAAAUGGGGAAAUAGUAGCAGUAGUGUAAUCACUUGAGUCGAGUAUGUUCUUCUAAGUGGUUGUCUAUUUAGGAUGGAUUCCCUUAAUGGAAAAUGCCUGUGCAUGACUUUGUUUAAUGAGGAGAGGUUGAUUCAUGGCCAUCACCACAUGAUACCUUAUGAACCAGGGUUAGGAUCCACUGGUAUGGAAUGCAAGAUGACUAGGAACUCUUAACUGCUGCAGCCCUCCUCCACCUUCCCUGCCAUUGUGAUGUGUCAUCAUCUUCCACCAACUCCACCACUGAGGUCUUGGUUGGAUUGCUAUCUGUCUAGAACCUCCCCCUUAACCUAACUAACAUGGAUGACCCUACCAGGAGCUAAGCGCCAGAUGGCUAAACUCCGACAGCAAUAAAAGCUAGAUUUUUACCUUAGUGAACAAGGGCUAAUACAAUACAAUCAUUAAACAUUUGAAAUCUAACAUUUGUGGUAUGCCUAUAGAUCUUA